UCGACCCUUCUGCGUUCAUCGAGAGUGCAUGAAGGUCUGCACAUCAGGAAUCGGUUCGCAGAGGAAAGCGGAAUUAGGGUUUCGGGAAUUCCCCCUUCGAGCUCCCAAUUCUCCCGUUUCGUUGUGCUUCCAUCUCGACUUGCAUCGGGUUGGGUUCGAGGGUAGUCCUCGGCGCCGAUGAUCUCUGCCUCGGAUCCGCUGAGAUGAGACCGUUAGAGGACCUCCUCACCGCGGUCUCCCUCGCGGCCGCGCCGGCGGGGACGGAAGCGGAGACGGUUGUGCUUCCGGGACCCGCAGACGGGAGCGCGUUGGUCUCCCCGUCGUGGCUCGUGGGUUGCCAUGGGCUCCUGUACAAUCUCGCAUUGAUCGUCCCCUCGGUGAUCUUUGUCGCCUACCUCGCGUCUCUGGCGCGGAAGAGCUUCGCCAAGCUCACGAAUGGCUACUCUUAUGUCAUGAUUGCCUAUUACGCCCUCCUCUGGCUCAUCAGCGUUCUCAAUCUUCUAUGGUGCCUUGUCCAGGCAUGGCAAUGUUCGCCUGAGAAAGAAUUAUCUUGGAAUAUGUUGUCAUUGUUCACAGAAUCUGGGAUGUUAUUUUUAGAAGUUAGCUUGUUGGCCUUUCUACUUCAAGGAAAUCAUGCAGGUGGAUUGGACGUUUUAACACGUACAUUUGUAAUAUCAGGAGUAAUUGUUGCUGCUGAUACAUUAUUGAAGGCAAUCUAUAUAUUUGGUUUCGGGGUACCAUUAUUUGCAGACAACAAUGAAACAGCACAUCAAGCAAGAUGGGGUUUGUGGAUUGUCCACAAGUUGUUGCUUACUGCAGUCUAUGGCUCCAUUUUUUUCAUGCACCACUCAAAGUGGAGAGAGAGGUUGCCAGGUGAUCCUCAUUUUGCAAGACCAGCAUUCUACAAUUAUGUUUGUGUUAUGCUGUUAUUAAAUACAAUGUCCCUGUUUGGUUGUCUGCUUGCGGGAAAUGGAGCUGGAUUCGGGAUCUGGUUGUCCAAUCUUAUAACCGUAUGCUACCACUCUCUCUAUCUUCCGCUUCUCUAUGUGAUCUUCCUGGCAGAUUUUUUCCAGGAAGAAGAUUUGCGCUUAGAGAACGUGUACUACUCCGAGAUGAAAGAUGCUGGUUUCUUCGAUGACGAUUGGGAUUAGUAUGUCAGUCGGAUAGGUUAUAUCGUCACUCUGUCACCUUUGUAAAUAAGUGCAUCGCAAUUGUGUUUAAAAAUACAAAUUCAGCAACUAUAUGAGUCUUAUUACAUAUUUGAUAUUUCA